GUUGGCAGUGGUCUAGGGUGCAAAAACUUUCUAAAAUGUUGAUUGAGAGAGUCGCAAUCUCCAAUAUGGAUGUAGUGUUUCCAAUAUCUCUGGAGUGCAAGAAGGUGACAUGCAAUCCCAGAGCCAUUUGAUAAUCUAAGUAUUCUGUCUUGGAGAGAGAGAUGUCUUUUACACAGCUCUUACCAGGCAGGUUUGGUUCAUGGGAAGUUGAAGAAAAACCUAAGUAUAUGUAACAGGCUUCUGUACAGUGAGGUGGCUUACACUGGAGUAUCUGUGGAAGGUAAACCCUGAAAGCUGGUGUCUGGCUUCUUUUUGUUAAAAACUGGUUUUCUGACAACAUACAACAGAGCAUAGCAGGGUUCGUUCCAAGUUGUGAGUGAUCGGCGCUGGGAAGACUGAGAGGGGGAGGAGUUCAGAUUCACUGUGCAAAUACUUACAAAGCCACUAAUCUAAAUCGAUGCCUUGUAGAAAAAAAUCACAGAUGAAGACAGCAGCUAACGAUGGCUAACUCAAAGGCUCUCUUAGUACUGGAAAACUUUAUAGGUGGCAAAUUUGUUCCUUGUUCCUCCUACAUAGACUCCUAUAAUCCGUCCACUGGAGAGGUCUAUUGCAGAGUGCCAGACAGUGGCAAAGAAGAGGUGGAAGCUGCUGUCAAAGCUGCCAAAUAUGCCUUCCCAAUUUGGUCCUCAAAAAGUCCAUUGGAAAGAUCUCAGAUCCUGAACAAGCUGGCAGACCUGAUUGAACAUGACCUGGAAGCAUUUGCACAAGCAGAGUCAAAGGAUCAGGGAAAAACUAUUACAUUUUCUAGAACAGUGGAUAUCCCUCGGGCUGUGUACAACUUCCGAUUCUUUGCCUCCUCUAUCCUUCAUCACACGACAGAGUGCACAGAGAUGGCAACCAUGGACUGUGUGCAUUACACCUCGAGGACACCUGUGGGAGUUGCUGGUUUAAUCAGUCCCUGGAAUUUGCCACUAUAUUUGUUGACCUGGAAAAUAGCUCCUGCCAUUGCAUGUGGAAAUACUGUGGUUGCCAAGCCAAGUGAGAUGACGUCUGUCACAGCCUGGAUGAUGUGUAAACUCUUGGAGAAAGCAGGUGUACCCCACGGGGUGGUGAACGUGGUGUUUGGAACGGGCACCAAGGCAGGAGAAGCUCUAGUCUGCCAUCCUGACGUGCCUCUGAUCUCCUUCACGGGGAGCACGCUGACAGCCCAGCGGAUCACGGAGAAAAGUGCUCCGCACUGCAAACGGCUUUCACUGGAACUGGGAGGCAAAAACCCCGCGAUCAUCUUUGAUGAUGCUGACUUGACCCAAUGCAUCCCCACCACACUAAGGUCCAGCUUUGCCAACCAGGGUGAGAUCUGUCUCUGCACCUCCAGAAUCUUUGUUCAGAGGGGCGUAUACAGUGAAUUUUUAAAGAGAUUUGUGGCAGAAGCUAAGAAGUGGAAGGUUGGGAACCCCUCAGAUCCUACAGUUGACGUGGGAGCACUAAUAAGUAAAGAGCAUCUAGAAAGGGUAAGAAGUUAUGUGAAGAAAGCCCAGGCUGAAGGAGCCAGAGUCCUCUGUGGAGAGGGAGUAGAUUCCUUGGCUCUCUCAUCUGGAAACCAGAAAGGCUAUUUCAUGUUGCCCACAGUUAUUACCGAAGUCAAGGAUGAAUCCUGUUGCAUGCAAGAAGAGAUCUUUGGUCCUGUGACAUGUGUGGUAGCAUUUGAUACAGAAGAAGAAGUGAUCAAAAGAGCCAACAGUGUGAAAUACGGCUUGGCAGCCACUGUGUGGUCCAGCAACGUGGGACGUGUUCAUCGGGUGGCACAAAGGCUACAGUCUGGAUUGGUGUGGACCAACUGCUGGCUUGUUAGAGAUCUGAACUUGCCAUUUGGUGGGAUGAAAGCUUCAGGCAUAGGAAGGGAGGGAGCAAAGGAUUCCUAUGAGUUCUUCACUGAGGUAAAAACCAUCACAAUAAAGCACUGACAUAUCAACAGAAGUUCUUUGGGGUAAAAUAAAUGACAGUAAUUUGCAUUACAGUAAAUGGCCUUCUGGAACACAGGCUGCUGUUGUGGCUAUGUUUUCUUGAGCUUUGGUCAAGUAAUAUCAGUGGUGGCUAAAAAUAAUCUUUCUAAAUGCUAAUGUUGAAUUCAGCCUUUCAUGUUAAAUGAGAAGAUCAGUGCGGACUCGACAACCAGCCCGGCCCAAGCCAGAUGACUUGCUUAUCUUAUGUAUCCUAAAGCAUUUUGAGUAUUCCUGUCUCAAAAAUGUCUCCCUCCAAGGCAGUUUGGAGAAAGAAUGAUAUUUUACUGUGUACCUGUGGUUAGUGAAUUACCUUGAAUGACAAAGUGGCAAGCAUGUUUUGAGGCUGAUAUUGUAAUGGGAAUCAGCCUAUUUCUACUCUAAGCAAUACGUUCCAAGUACCAAUCCAUAUUGUGCUUCACUGGUAUCGGACAAGAACUAAUGCUACAGCACACUAAAUGCAUAAGGCAGUACCUUUACUCUAUUAAGUGGUAUUAAACCGAAUUUUCGUGGAAUUCUCAUGAUACUCAGAGACAAUAAAUGUUAUACUUAAAACCUGUUUUAUGGUAUGCAGCUGAAUCAUCUUAAGAUAUUCUCCAGCUACUUUGAAAUUACAGGCUUUAGUCACUUCUAGGACUCAGUGAUGGUGUUUUUCUCAUGCCUGCCCAAAGAUUUGGCUACAUCAAGGACAGCAUCAUUCUUCACUAAUAAAGACUGAAGGUGACUCCCAAGGGAACUAACUGUUGGAAACAUUUGUCACAAAAAUAUCAAACAACUGGCGGCUUUUCCUCAUUAAUUUACGGAGCUUUUCCUUAAAUCAGACAACUCUCAAACUUGUUUACAAAACAAGAAAUAAAAUUGGAUACACUUACCUCCUCCAGCUCCAAGAUGGCUAUGUUGCUAUUGAAUUUUUUACAACAACCCUUUGUGAUUUGUUUUUCAAGUUUUGAGUUGAAUUUCACAGGAAAAAAAAAUCUGCAUGGAGCUUUGUACUUCAUAAAUGCCUGUAUUCUGAGAAGAGAUAAUGAGUCAUUGGGAUAUUUUUUCAAGGCUGUUGGGAAAAAAAGUAAAGGCAGCUCUAAAAUACUAAAAAACUAAUGAAAAAUUAUUACUGAUGAGAUAUUAAAGCAUGGAGUACCAAAUUGCUCUGCUGCUCCUCUGCAUACUGAAAAGAAGAUGUAGAGAGAGAUUUGGGGUAAAUAAAAAAUGCAAUUUUAUUUUUUGUGGCU